AUAAGGACAACAACCAUAAUAGCCACCAUUUGUUGACCGCUUACUCUGUGCCAGGCACUGUGUUAAGCGCUUUGCAGGCAACAACCUUCGGAGAUGAGGUCAAGGCUGGUAAGCGGCAAUGCUGGGAAUCCACCAGGAGAAACUGACUUUAAAGCCAUGUUCCCAUCACCCAGUACGUACAAGCUGAUACAACUGAACAGAAGAGCCUAACUUUUCAGGGUUGUAUUGCUGGUGAACUGGUCCCCAGAACAUGGGCUCAAUUCCCAGCUUCUCAGGAGCAAACUCUCCAGGAGGCCUGGAGGCUAACAGUCAUGUGACAGCCUGGAGGGUCAGAACUUCACUCUCCGGGACUAUGUCAACUGGGUCAGGAGAUGGCAGAAAAGCCACACGCCUGCCUGCCCGCCCACACCAGGUAAGCAAACAGCUGCUCCCUCAGCUUCAGUGUGUGCCCUUUUCCCACCGUGGCACUGAGAGAGCCAUUUCAGUGACACCCCUGGCUUAGCUGCAACGACAUCUCUGCUUCUUAAAGGCCUUUUGGUUCCUGAGCUAAUUAAAAGCCCCAGACAGCAAGGACACACUUAAUCCCAUUAAUGACUUCUGACCAGGAAACAGUGUGCCCAGCCCUCUGAGGGAGUGUCUUUCUGAACCACCUCCAUUUGUUCAGGUGCCUGGUGAUUGUUUAUCAGCCCUUUCAAGAGAUUAAGCUGUACUCUGGAACUGGCCGCUUAGGUAAUGGACCCAGGGGGUCUGGGAGUGUCCCAUGACCACGAAGCAUGCUGCCAGCCAGCAUCCUGGUUUAUGCCAACUCCGUGGCCACUGUUCUCCAAUCUCUUGCUCUUCAGAGCAAUUAGGGGGACGUGAUUGAUGAGGAGAGGGGUCCUAGCCUCAUCUUUGCUGCUCACCUGGCCCUUUCACACACAGGAAAGGCGGAUACAGUUCUUGCUGUGAGGGAUCUUAGAGUCCAGUUAGGGUCAUGGACAAUUGAGCAAAGAUAAUAGCACAUUAAAUUCACCCCAAUGGAUGUAAGCACACUAUAUCCUGUGAGUGUGUAGUGGUGGUAACUGCUUCAACCUCGGGGUCAAGGAAGGCUUCCUGGUGGAGGAGACGUGUGAAAAUCUCCGCAUUGAGAGGAGAUUUGUCGAGGGGCCUAUGAGAUGGGAUUCCCUGACUUUGGAUUUGGUUCAGGUUCUAGCAUAAGGCAGCAAAAGUGGGAAUAACUCAGCUCCCUUGUGAAGUUAAUAGGAGAGUGGCUGGCAAAGCCUUACCAAAAUGCCGAGGUUCCAGAAAUAGUUAUUGCCUCCGGGACGAUUUUGCUUCAAGCCCCAGUGUAGAGCGUUCAGAAAAGAAAUUGGCAAAGACUAGCUCUUCUCUUUGAAAGAGUCCUCUUUAAAAGAGGAGGGACGAUUCCUCAGGCCACUCCCUCUUCUCAUUAAUAUGAGAUUAUCGUGAAUAUUGAUGUGGGGGCGUGGCGCCUCGGCCAGCUGGGCUAACCAGCCCGGGGUUCCCGGUUUCACAGAGGAAAGUGACAGAAGCCGAGCAGAGGGGACACAGAGAGCGGAGCGCCUGGUAGCCACCCAGUCUCGGGGGAGCUCACAGCUCUCAGCCCCACUCCCGGGAUCCCCAUGGAAGCCAGCUGUGCCCCCGGAAGAGCAGGAGGAGGAGGAGUCGGCUAAAUGCCCGCGGUGCGCCCGGGGCCCCUGAGCCCAGUCCGCUCCGCGCCGCUGCCCUAAGGCCCCCACGCCCCCGGCGCCCCCUACCCGGGGCUGUGCCGCCUCCGCCCGCCCCUCCCUCGGGGCUUUCCCCCCGGACCUGCCCCCGCCCGCGUGCCAGAGCUCAAGCAGGAGCUCUGGGCCGGGCGCGCCGCCGCCCUGGAGUAAGGGAAGCCCAGCCGAAGAGGGUCUCCGGAGCCGGCCGCGAUGGACGCUGUGUUGGAGCCCUUCCCGGCCGACAGGCUGUUCCCCGGAUCCAGCUUCCUGGACUUGGGGGAUCUGAACGAGUCGGAUUUCCUCAACAAUGCGCACUUCCCUGAGCACCUGGACCACUUUGCGGAGAACAUGGAGGACUUCUCCAAUGACCUGUUUAGCAGUUUCUUCGAUGACCCUGUGCUGGACGAAAAGAGUCCUCUACUGGACAUGGAACUGGACUCCCCCACACCAGGCAUCCAGGCCGAGCACAGCUACUCCCUGAGCGGUGACUCGGCGCCUCAGAGCCCCCUUGUGCCCAUCAAGAUGGAGGACACCACCCAAGACGUGGAACAUGGAGCAUGGGUGCUGGGACACAAACUGUGCUCCGUCAUGGUGAAGCAGGAGCAGAGCCCGGAGCUGCCCGUGGACCCUCUGGCUGCCUCCUCGGCCAUGGCUGCUGCUGCCAUGGCCACCACCCCGCUGCUGGGACUCAGCCCCCUGUCCAGGCUGCCCAUCCCUCACCAGGCCCCAGGAGAGAUGACUCAGCUGCCAGUGAUCAAAGCCGAGCCCCAGGAGGUGAACCAGUUCCUUAAAGUGACACCAGAGGACCUGGUGCAAAUGCCUCCGACGCCCCCCAGCAGCCAUGGCAGUGACAGCGAUGGCUCCCAGAGUCCCCGAUCUCUGCCCCCUUCGAGCCCUGUCCGGCCUAUGGCCCGCUCCUCUACGGCCAUCUCCACCUCCCCGCUCCUCACCGCCCCUCACAAAUUACAGGGGACAUCAGGGCCACUGCUCCUGACAGAGGAGGAGAAACGCACCCUGAUUGCAGAGGGCUACCCCAUCCCCACAAAACUCCCCCUCACCAAAGCCGAGGAGAAGGCCUUGAAGAGGGUCCGGAGAAAAAUCAAGAACAAGAUCUCAGCCCAGGAGAGCCGCCGUAAGAAGAAGGAAUACGUGGAGUGUCUAGAAAAGAAGGUGGAGACAUUUACAUCAGAGAACAACGAACUGUGGAAGAAGGUAGAGACCCUGGAGAAUGCCAACAGGACCCUGCUCCAGCAGCUGCAGAAACUCCAGACUCUGGUCACCAACAAGAUCUCCAGACCUUACAAGAUGGCCUCCACCCAGACUGGGACCUGUCUCAUGGUGGCAGCCUUGUGCUUCGUUCUGGUGCUGGGCUCCCUUGUGCCCUGUCUCCCUGAGUUCUCCUCCAGCUCGCAGACUGUGAAGGAAGACCCCAUGGCCACUGACAGCGUCUACACAGCCAGUCAGAUGCCCUCCCGAAGCCUCCUGUUCUACGAUGAGGGGCCAGGGUCCUGGGAGGAUGGCCGAAGCGCCCUGCUGCCUGUGGAGCCCCCAGAUGGCUGGGAAAUCAAGCCCGGGGGGCCAGUGGAGCAGCGACCCCAGGACCACCUGCAGCAUGACCAUCUGGACGGCACCCAUGAGACCACCAAGUACCUGAGCGAAGCCUGGCCAAAAGAUGUCGGUGGAAAUGGCACCAGCCCCAACUUCUCCCACCCCAAGGAGUGGUUCCAUGAAAGAGAUCUGGGCCCAAACACCACCAUCAAGCUCUCCUAGGCUGUGCCAAGACCCAGGACACAGGACGAUACCCCCUGGCACCCAGAAGAGGGGUUGUCUUGCUCACUAACCCGGAUCCAGCUUGUACCCCUGCCUCCUGGGGUCCCAUCCCACUUCUUCCCAGUCCUCCUUUGCCCCAGAUCUUGACUGGGGCUGCUCCUCUCCACCCUGUCACGUUUGGACUAUUCCCUUGGGCUAACCACUCCAUUCUCACCCCUUCCUCCCACAACCAUCCGUCCUUCUCAGAUAAACCACUCACUGGGCUGCCCCGCUCCUUUCUCAUAAUGACCAUCACGACCACUGCCUCCCUGCCCCACAUACACACACAAACACACACACACGUCAACAUGCACACACACACACACCCACACACCCACCCACACACACACACACCCACACACACACACACCCCUCAUCCCCACCCACUGUACAGAGACCAAGAACAGAAAUUGUUUGUAAAUAAUGAACCUUAUUUUUUAUUAUUGCCAAUCCCCUAAGAUAUUGUAUUUUACAAGUCUCCCUCCUACCGUCACCCCUCCCUUGUUUUAUAUUUUAUGAAGUUAGUGCGGGCUUUGCUGCUCCCUGGCCAGGGAAAGAGAGUUCCCCCCUCACCUGGCCUACCCCUGCUGCUGCCCAAGCCCCUGGACCUUUUUAAUUGCCAAACUGCUUCAUUCAUCAGCUCAGCAUAUGCUUUAAGAAGGCAAAAG